AUGGCCGCCCUCCGACAACUGCAACGACCUCUCCGCCUUCUUUCCAAGCCUCUUCUAACAGCUUCAUCCCGGCGCCUCAUCUCAACCCAACAAGCUCCCAAGCCCAAACCCCCCAUCAAAUCCGCCAUCAUCACCGGCGCCGCCCGCGGUAUCGGCCGCGCCAUCGCCCACCGCCUGGCCGCCGACGGCUACGCUCUCACCCUCAACGACCUUCCCUCCUCCUCCCCUUCCUCUUCCUCUUCAUCCGACCCCGACGACGCCCUAACAUCCCUCUGCCACACCCUCCACUCCCUCGGCUACCCCAACAUCCACCCCUUCCCCGCCGACAUCACCUCGCCCGACUCCGUUUCCGCCCUCAUCUCCUCCCAUGUUUCGGUUCACGGCUCUCUGUCAACAAUGGUCGCCAACGCCGGCAUCGUCGCCGCUCAACCCCUUCUCACCGUUACCCCGCAGGACCUUCUCCGCAUGUUUACCAUCAACGUCAUUGGCGUCUUCAACUGCUACCGCGCCGCUGCCGAGCAGAUAAUCAAACAAGGCACCUCGGGAAAAUUGAUCGGCGCAUCCAGCGUGGCUGGAUUGCGGGGUUUGCCGAUGCUGGGACCGUAUGUGGCGAGCAAGUUUGCGGUUCGAGGAUUGACGCAGACAUUUGCGGCCGAGUUGGCGGGCGAGGGGAUCACGGCUAAUGCGUAUGCACCGGGGGUGGUGGACACGACCAUGUGGGAUACGAUUGCGGAGGGGGUGAUAAGGGCGGGAGGGGGCAACGCGGAGGAGGACGAAGGAGCGAAGGCCCAGGUGAGCAAGAGCUUUGUGGAUACAUUGGUGCCGUUGAAGAGGUCGUGUACGCCCGAGGAAGUGGCGGCUUUGGUUGGGUUUUUGGCGAGUGAAGGGGCGGAUUAUAUUACGGGCCAGACGUAUGCUGUUGAUGGUGGGAUCUGUUUGACUUGA